AAGCCGUCACAAUUUUUUUACAACAUAUUGACCAUAUUUUAUCAAGAUUUUCCUUGACAAACGUCGUAUCCUUUUACUUGUAUUGAUUUGUGGCUGACAAAAUUUGUUCGAUGGCCAAUCUUCAUCUUCAGGAUAAUGGAGAUACCUUAACAAUUGAGACAAGAAGAGAAAUUGCACUGAUUCAACAUGCAUCAUAUUGUCAAACUUUAAGUUGCACAUUUCCAAAGUGUUUGAGGGUGAGGAAACUUAUCAGGCAUAAGGAAGAUUGUAUGAUUGGUAUUGAUGAAGGAGAUUGUUCGGAAUGCAUGGAAAUUUGGGAUUUGCUUAAGCUUCAUGCUAAAUAUUGCAACACACCAGAUCCUGAGUGUGAAGUACAUUGUUGCAGAGCCAUGAAAGCAGAGAUUGCGAAGGCGAAGCGACAGAGUAAUUUGAACCGAAGAGCGGAAGUAAUGGGAUUUGUCUUGGAGGCUGUUGUAGCAGCUUCGAAUUCAAAUGUGCAUGACGUGCAUCUCAAUCUCUCUGCUUUGGAGACCUGCAUUAAUGAGUAUAUCAUAUGAAUCAACUUCAAGGCUUAAUCAUAAGCAAAACUUAGUAAUAGGGCUUGGUUUAUUUUGAUUUUAUAUGGCAGGACUUAUAUAAGACCAAAGCAAUUACUUCUUAUCAUCUAAAUUUCUAUUUUAAACCUUUAUCUGAACAAUGUUAUACAAUGUGAUGAUAACAUUAAUUUUGCAUGGAUUUGUUAAACUA